UUUUAAUCCCAUUAAUUAAAACGUUAACCUGAUUGGGUAGCGCGCACUCAAUCCCGAUAGGCGAGUCUUCUUCAUAUUAAAAGCCCGACUUGAGAUAAUGAUGUAAAAGACUCCCCCUUCUGUUGCUGAUGCUGAUCGCUGCCGAGAUCUACAAAGUGUGUGUCUCAACACGAUAAACGCAGUGUAGAGCACUUUAGGAGGAGCUACUGUCUCUGCACCUCACUUGACAAGUGGAGCAGCCAUCAACAUCAAAUCCACUUCAUAAAGUAGAAACUUCUCUGAGGAGCGUGGCUGAGUGAAGCCUUAUCACAUCUGACUUUUUAGAGACUAUGGACAGGAGAAUAAACUUGGGUGGAGACAUUUUUCACAAAACUCUCAGCGCAGUCUCUAGCAAAAAGAUGGGCUCUUUUCGAUCGGCUGUGGGUAUUGAUCUUGCUUCCAGGGACGGUCAGUCGCCAAUCAGCUGUUUCGACCAGACCGACCCAGACCCGGUUCAGCCCGGGGGACUGACGGGAGGGAGAGCGGGAACGCUAGGUCUGCCGACCGGAUCUUUGUGCGUAAAGUAUGGCGAAAGCGCAAACAGGACAUCGGCUGCGGAGAGCAGCGGUGGAGAGCAGAGCCAGGACGAUGACAGCGACGACCGAUGCGAGAUGAUGCUCAUGCCAGACGGGAGAACGGCGGUGUCCGGUGGCAAGUCUGAAGGAGGUAAGAAAAACAAAGAGCAGAAAGUUCUGAGGCUAAACAUCAACGCCCGGGAGAGAAGAAGAAUGCACGAUCUAAACGAUGCGCUUGAUGAACUGCGGGGAGUGAUCCCUUACGCGCACAGCCCAUCUGUACGGAAACUCUCCAAAAUUGCCACCUUGCUUUUAGCCAAAAAUUACAUCCUUAUGCAGGCACAGGCGCUGGAGGAGAUGAGACGGCUGGUUGCUUAUCUCAACCAAGGCCAGGCUAUCUCUGCUGCCUCUCUGCCCGCGACCACGGCUCUCACACCUGGUUUAAGCGCAUACGAGCAGACGACCGGUUACCCGUUCCCCGCCGGAGUUGCAGCAUCAUCCUGUCCAGACAAAUGUGCCCUUUUCAACAAUGUCACCUCCAGCCUCUGUAAGCAAUGCACUGACAAGCCUUAGACUCUACUGACUCUCGUAGAAGCACAUGAGAAAAUGUAUGACUUAACCAACGAAACGACUAUUAAAGAGAGACUGAUGUCAGUGUUUGCCAGAACGCUUAAAACUUUUCUUACACUUGCAAACAACUUCAUUCAAAGAAACACGUUUGUUCAACAACUGCUUGUGUAAGGGAUAGCUUGCUGUAUACUUUAAGUGAUGGCGGGAGAGAGAUAAAACCAAACAAAGUAUGUGUCUGAUAGUGAAUGGGGGCAAAAGAAACAGUUCAUUAUCAGCAUCAAUGUGGACCCUUCAGAAUGACCUGACAACUUGCAACCAUGUUUAACCCUGUUCAUGACGCCAAAUUUUUUACGGUUUUUACUCUAACCUGCAAUAAUAGGUAUUCUUGCUACUUUGAAUUUAUGUUAUGAAAAUAUUUGCUUUCUCAAGUGGCAUCUGUAUUUUAUAGCAGCUGGAUGUGUCGUGGAGAGCAGAGUAGCUACUACUGGACUGCACACAAUUACAAACUUUAUUCCAGAGUAGCCUAUAAAUGUUAUUUCGAAAGCUUAGUUGAGAUUAGACAUUUAAAAUUGUAAUAUAAUAUAUUGUUUGUUUGGUGGAGUCUUAAAAGUUGUUUUUGGCUUUUAAUUUCUCUAAAUGGAUGAAAUCAAGUGGGUCUGCAUGCCUGGUCUGAUUAUUCAUUGUCAUCUUUGCUGUAAAUUUCGACGAUUUGGCUUUUUACAAACACAUGCAGUUUGGCUAGGGACGUGUUCAGGUUUCAGCUUGUUAUCAGGUUAAGGCUGGAAGCAAUGUAGAUAUAUUCGUUUCAAUGACCGCAGAGGGCCAUUUGUAUGUGUUGAUGUAUUGGAAAGCUUUAUUAAAAUAUUUUGA